UGGGGAACCAAAGGAAGGAAUUUCUAUGCUCAACACUAAUUCACUUGCAUAUCAUGAGACGAGCCUGAUUGCACAUCUUCUAUCCCUCUACCCGUGUAUUUGCUGUCCUCCUCCUCGAGUACAUCGAGUACUGUGGGUUUUGGAACCUCUCGACACGCGACAAGCAGCGGUAUCGGAAGAAGGAGACCGAACCAAUUGUGGAAAGCGCGCAAUCUGUUGGCGUUACUACUCUGUCAAUCAUGAAGUAUGGCGGGGAAAGCUACCUUGAACAAGGAGCAUCCUCUUGCGGGGGUGGUCUUGUGCUUCACAUCCAUUCUUCCGGAGCAGCGAAGUGAACUGGCUUCUAUCGCAGGACAGAUGGGCGCGACCCAUACGCUCGACCUCACUUCCGACGUCACCCAUUUACUAGUUGGCGAAACCAAUACCCCAAAAUACAAAUUCGUUGCCCGCGAGCGAGCCGAUAUUGUGGUCCUAAAGCCAGAAUGGGUAGAGGCAGUGCGCCAGUCCUGGAUGCAGGGAGGCGACACGGACAUCCGCGCCUUGGAAGAGCAGUACAAGUUCCAGACCUUUACGGGGUUGGCGAUAUGUAUUACGGGGUUUGAAGAUAUGGCAUUUCGGAACCAUAUCCAGACCAACGCGACAGCCCACGGUGCGGACUUCAGAAAGGAUCUCACGAAAACAGUUACCCAUCUCGUGGCACGAAGUACAGAGGGCGAAAAGUACAAGUUUGCAACGCAAUGGAACAUCAAGGUUGUCACCGUAAAUUGGUUUACCGACUGUAUAGAGCGUGGAAUGGUUCUUGAGGAGACUCUAUAUCACCCUCUUUUGCCCGCCGAACAGCAGGGAGCUGGGGCCUGGAAUCGCUCUAUCACUAGAGUAAAGGAAAAACCCCAAGAAAACGAGAGUUCCUCCAAUCCACGUCCACGGAAGUUGCGAAGAAUUGCUAGCGCCAAGCUAGGUGAUCAAAACGAGGGAAUCUGGGGUGAUAUCGUUGGCAUCGGAUUUGAGCCUGGCGAUUUCGGUCGACCUAAAAGCAGCCAACAAAAGAACGACUCUAGAAAGGCCAACAAUCGGCCCUCUGUGCUUCAGGAAGCAAAGUCAUUUGCUAGUGAUACCACUUUUGCUGCACCUUCGCAGCCUUUGCAGCAGCCACAAGAGGCCGCCGCUCGUCAAAACGGCUUUCUCGACGAUUGUUUCUUCUUAAUCCAUGGCUUUUCUUCUAAGCAGAUUACUGUGCUACAGCACCACCUUUCAUUCAAUGGGGCUCAAUUGGUAAAUUCCUUGAGUGAAUUCGCUCGACCGGAUAUCCCGAAACGAGGCCAUAAUAUCUACAUUAUCGUCCCUUACAAAACCCCUCAAUCAAGAGUGCCGUCCACUGACGACUUCGCGUUCGAUUGCGACAUUGUGACGGACAUGUGGCUAGAACGGUGCCUUGACGCAAAAACUCUAGUUACUCCUGAAUCCCAUGUCGCGAAUACUCCCCUUUCUUCAUUUCCUCUCGAUGGAUUCGCGGGAAUGAAAAUAUGCUCCACUGGUUUCUCUCGCAUUGACCUUCUUCAUCUAUCAAAGUUGGUUACGCUAGUUGGCGCCACAUAUCAGGAGUAUCUAACCCCCAAGGCUUCCAUUCUCAUCUGCAAUGACGCAAUUGCGAUCAACCAUGAGAAAUUACGCCACACCCACGAGUGGGGUGUACCAGCAGUCACUCCUGACUGGCUUUGGAGUUCUAUUCGAAUGGAAAAGAAACAACAAUUUGAACCAUAUCUCAUCCGAAAACAAUCAACUCAAAGCAGUAAAGACCCUGAGUCGCGAGCCAGCUCUCGUGGAGAACCAAAACGUGAACCAGAGGAUAAUACCAAAACCAAUACCAUCACUCUCCCACACGGCAGCAAUAGCUCGAACAAACCCAAGACACCCUUGCCGAAUCCUCCGAAGGAAAUAGAAAUAAGCCCCAGACCAACCACUAGAGGCGCCCCACAAGCUGAAGAGCCCAUCAUCGAACGAAAAAGCUUAUCUAUAUCAGAACCAAAACCUCAACCGGCCCCAUCACCUGCAAAACAUCCAGAACCAAACCUAGCAGAAUCCCCUUCCAUGAAACGAAAAUUCUCAGACCAAUCCUCCGCCUCAGCCGCACAGUCCGCAAUCGAAAUCGACCUCGCCGUCAGCGGACUCCUAAAACAAGCCCGAGCAACAACAACAACAACAACAACAACAACAACAGCAACUUCCCGCUCCACAUCCGGAACAGGAGACGCGCAUGAUCAACUCCGCUCACGCCGCGCAAAACCUCUCCUUGGACGCGCCCAAUCGAAUGUCUCUGUGCGAACCACGGAACAAAAGGGAUUUUCUCGUGCAAGCUCCAUCGACACCCUUAAUGAAGACGGAUGCGGCAGUGCAAUCGAAAGCAUCAAUACAGAUGCCAUCCCAUCUCUUGCCAAUAGUGGUCGAUUCGAGUACCCCGAGGGUGAACGGGGCAAUUAUCAAGAAGAGCAAGAGACCCCACCAAUGACUCAAUUGGACUACGAGGAUCCGGAUGCCGUUGCAAUGCGUGAGAAAUUUCUUAGAUAUGCGGGGAAGAUCAUCGAGGAGCCGUCGAAUAAGCAGAAGCUGGUUAUUGGCGAAGUUAAAGAACUCGAAGAGGUUGGAUGGGGUACGGGACGGAGAACAAGAAAUGCGCACAAGGCUGUCGUGGAUGAUGAUGAUGAUGAUGAUGAUGAUUUCUGACCACACCAAGAGAUUUUCUUUUUCUUGAAUAAUCAUGAAUAUAAUAAUACGAUACCUAUUGCUUUUACUACAGAGUGCAAGUUAUGAUGACCAAUGAU